AUGCAGAUAACGAUUUCUUUAGAGUAUAGUGGAGAUAUUUUGUCAAUAGAUGUCCCAGAGUCACUAUCAUUACCUGACUUUAAAGCAUACUUACAAGCAGAAACAAAUAUUGAACCAAAAGAUCAACAUUUAAAAUUCAAUAGUAAAACAUUAGAUUCAGAUAAUAAAACUUUGCAAGAACUAGGAAUUGUUAAUAAUGAUUUGAUAGUGAUGAAUAAAAAAGCUCAACCACGACCACAAAUACAACAAUCACAGCCACCUUCAAAUCAAGUUCAUGAACGCAUUGAAAUGGUAAGGCAACAAGUAUUAACAGAUCCUCAAGCUUUAAAUAAUAUGAGAAUGGCACAACCAAGUUUAUAUAAUGCCGUAAAUGAUCCUAUACAAUUUCGAAAUUUAAUGGUUGAACAAGUAAAAGAGGAACAAAGAGAAACAUCUUCAAAUCAACAAGAAUUAUUAAGAUUACAACAAGAUCCAGAUAACCCUGAAAAUCAAAAACGUAUUUUGGAGCUAAUACAACAAGAAGCAAUUGAGGAAAAUAUGAAACUUGCUUGGGAUAUUAGUCCUGAAAGUUUUACAAGUGUUAAUAUGCUUCAUUUGAAAUUAAAAAUUAACGGGGUAGAGCAAAUUGCAAUGGUUGAUUCUGGAGCUGCAAUGACAACAAUCAGUUCAGAAAUUGCAGAAAAAUGUGGAAUAUCAAGAUUGGUAGAUAAAAGGUUUCAAGGUCAAGCUGUUGGGGUAGGAACUCAAAAUAUUGGCGGUAAAAUUCAUAGUGUACCUAUCGAAAUAGCUGGAGUUGAAUUACCUUGUUCCUUUUAUAUAGUUGAUACAUCAGUGGGAAUAUUAUUUGGUUUGGAUAUGUUAAGAAGGCAUCGAUGUGUUAUAGAUUUAACGAAAGAUACAUUAUUAAUUGGUGGUCAUAUUGAAGCAAAAUUCUUAACUGAAUCUGAAAUGCCUAGAAAUUCUUUAGGGGGUAAUAUUUUCUCUAGAGAAGCUUGA